UUUUUUAAGUGCGACGUAAGACUGAAAUAUGCAUACUCCGGAACUCUCGCUGGAUGAACCGCAUUUCGCAUCCUUCUUUUGCGUCCUGGGAGCCGUUUGCGCCAUUGUCUUUUCGACAUUGGGAGCCGCCUAUGGAACCGCAAAGGCUUCUGUGGGAAUCUGUUCGAUGUCUAUCAAGCAUCCGCGGCUGAUCAUGAAGGCGAUUGUUCCAGUGGUCAUGGCUGGCAUUAUAGCCAUUUAUGGACUGGUGAUUGCGGUCCUGCUUGCUGGAACGCUGGGCAACCGCUAUAGCGCCUACAAGGGUUUCCUAAACCUCAGUGCUGGACUGGCGGUGGGAGUCUCUGGGAUGGGUGCUGGAAUUGCCAUUGGCGUGGUGGGUGAAGCUGGAGUCCGUGCAUCUGCGCAGCAGCCAAAACUCUUUGUGGCCAUUAUACUAAUAUUGAUAUUUGCCGAAGUCUUGGGUCUUUAUGGUCUCAUAGUGGCCAUUUAUUUGUUUUCCAAGUAAUGUGCGUUAUCCCUACUUUUGCUGUUAUUAAAGAAAAACUGGUUUGAAA